AUGAAAGCUAUCAUUCUCUCCAUUGUCCUCCUUGCUUUCCUUGCCAUCACAUCAGUCAAUGGUCAAUUUCUCAGAUCUUCCGUUUACACUGACUCCAAAUGUUCAAGCACUCUCCCAAUGUUGGAUCUCUACAUUCCAAGUACUAACUGUACUUCCAACCCAAACUGUACUGGCAAUAACAUCAACACACUCUUUACCACUAGUCAAUGUACUUCAACUGUUCCUUCCAUUGGUUCCAAGAAUACUUUACAAUUAUCCAUUUAUUCCGACACUACUUGUGCUAGUGGCAACUUGGUUGUCUCACAAAUCUUCCCAUUGGAUACUUGUGUCGUUGUUCCAAGUGUUGGUUCUUAUAAGAGUACUGCCUGUAGAUAUUUGACUGUUUAUUCUGAUAGUGUCUGUACUAAUGUUAAACAAACUGUCGAUUUUUCUGCAUAUAAUGGAGUUUGUCUUUCUGGAACUAAAUAUGUUUGUUCUGGAGCUGAAAAGAUGAUUGGAUCAAGCAUUUUGAUGGCAUUGAUGAUGAUUUUUUCAUUCUUUACUUUUUAA